UGGUGACACCCACCCUUUUUCUCCUGGUUGUGUUUUGUGGACUAUCAGCCUCAGCUCCACCUAAUACUCUUCUUCCUCACCUACACCUACCAACCACCACGCCGUCAAGCCUCUAUAUUCAUAUGCUUCUUCUCCAUUCCCCAUUUUUCUUCAAUCAUCACAAUUCACUUCCUCUCUCUUUUCAAUGGAGGCUAAGCUUUUGAACACCACCUUCUCAGUGUCUCCAAGACCCUCCUGCGCUUUUGAUCUCACAACUCGCAGAGCUUCUUUUCCCUUCCACCCCACUUCUGAUUUUUUCCAAAAAAAUAAUCUUUCUGUUCGUACACAUGCGGCUUCAAUAGGAUCAGUGCCAACAAAGGAAAGGGUUGAUGAGAGUGAAAACUUGACCCUUGAUCAUAUAAGGCAUUCUUUAAUUCGUCAAGAGGAUAGCAUAAUCUUUAGCCUAUUGGAGCGAGCACAAUACUGUUACAAUGAAGAUACUUAUGACCCUAAUGCCUUCUCCAUGGAUGGAUUUCAUGGCUCAUUAGUAGAAUACAUGGUCAGGGAAACUGAGACGCUUCAUGCUAAGGUUGGUAGAUACAAGAGCCCUGAUGAGCAUCCAUUCUUUCCUGAUGGCUUACCUGAACCAUUGUUACCGCCUUUGCAAUACCCUCAGGUAUUGCACCCUAUUGCUGAGUCAAUUAAUAUAAAUGUUAAAGUGUGGGAUUUAUACUUCAGAGUCCUUAUCCCACAACUAGUCAAGGAAGGAGAUGAUGGUAAUUCUGGAUCUUCUUCUUUGUGUGAUGUAAUGUGCUUGCAGGCGCUAUCAAAGAGGAUCCAUUAUGGCAAAUUUGUUGCUGAGGCAAAAUUUCGAGCUUCUCCGAAUGACUACAAAGCUGCCAUUAUUGCACAGGACAAGGAUAAGUUGAUGGACCUGUUAACAUAUCCUGAAGUUGAAGAGGCAAUUAAAAGGAGAGUAGAGAUGAAGGCAAAGACUUAUGGGCAAGAAGUGGUUGUAAAUAUGAAGGAACAUCGUACUGAGCCAGUGUACAAAAUUAAUCCAAGCUUGGUUGCUGAUCUAUAUAGUGAUUGGAUUAUGCCAUUGACAAAGGAAGUUCAAGUUGCAUAUUUAUUAAGGAAGCUGGACUGAACAUUAUGGGUACCUUUUCAAUUACAAUGUUCAUAUUAUGACAUUUAUUUUCCAAAUAAAAUGAUAUUUGCAAUGAAUGUCUCUGAAGUACAUGAUGGGUGUCUUUCUUUGAAAUUUGGAUUGUGUCUAUAAAUUCUUGCUUUUGUAAUUAGCAUGAGGGUCAACAUAUUGUGCUCUUAUAUAGUAGUUCAUGACAUAUUUUUUUA